AUGGAAUCAGAGCCAUCAGAGAGUAAUUUACUAAUAAUAACGAAACGUGAUCGCCUAAAAUUGUUCGUUAAAUUGUAUUGGAGAUCAAUAGUUCUGAUAACAACUCCAAUUAUACUAAUACCCAUAGCAUUUAUAGGUGCUAAUAAUGCUUAUAGGUGUUUUUAUAUAUUUCUCAUAAGUAUAGUUUACUGGGUAAGUGAUAUCAUGCAUCCAAGCAUAACAUCGAUGAUUCCAAUCGGUUUUUAUUCAUUGAUGCAUAUGAUGGAAAAGGAAUACGUUACGCAGGCUUACAUAAAAAAUGAGCUACUGGAUUGCCUAGGAAUCAUGAUAGUAGGUGUUGCGAUAGAAUACAGCCAAGUUCAUAAGCGUGCAGCUGUGAAGAUUUUGAUGACCUUCGGCUGCUCGCACUACAGGUUGAGUUUUUUACUAUUUUUCGGCACUAUGUUUCUAUCGAUGUUUGUCACUGACAUCUUGGCUUGUGGUCUGAUGCUGCCACUUACUAAAGCGAUUCUCAUGGAACUGGAAAAAAUGGGAAUUAUCGAAAUGUAUGAAUCAAUCGACAAAACGAAGCAAAAGUCCGUAUAUCAUGAACUAAGACAACCACGACCUACCGAUUUUACCGUAUUCUAUUUCCUGGGGAUAGCUUACUCGUCGUCAAUUGGAGGGAUGGCAACUAUUAUUGGCAGUCACGUGAAUCAAAUAAUGAAAUCUUAUUUUGAAUUAAUAUUUCCUUUAGGACCGAAAAUAGAGUUUCCACAUUUUAUGCUCCUCAACCUUCCGGGGAUUCUAAUACAAGAAGCCCUUCUGUAUUUAUGGAUGAAUUCCUAUUUUAUGGGAAUGUUCAGAGCAAAUAGUACGAUAGCAUUAGAGAUUGGUAUGAGUGAGGAAGAAGCAGCCUAUAUAAAGACAUUGCUGGACAUUCAGUACCAACAGCUGGGGAAGAUCAAGUUCCACGAAAUAAUAGUAGGCGCAGUGGUUGUAUUGACUGGCAUACUCCAAGUCAGCAUGAUUGCGGCUCAGUUUAGGCAUACGGACCACACGACUUUACACAGCCACAUAAAAACAUCAGCACCGUGCCUCAUAGGCAUUAUUUUAUUGUUUGCAAUACCGACGAAGUUGGACUUUUUGGAGUUCUUCAAAAAACGUGAUUCGAACUCGGAGCCGUUACCUCAGCACCAGACCAAGGCUUGCCUGAACUGGGGCCUGCUGAGACGUGAAAUACAAUGGAGUAUUCUGUUCACUAUAGGCGGUAGUUGUUUCGUCUUCGAAGCACUGAAAGACUCUGCCAUGACGGUUGAAUUUGAAAAGUUCCUGCUUCUGUUCAGCACGUGGUACCCCCCGAUGUUCGUGCUGGUUGUCAUCAUUUUCUGCAAGGUCCUGACCGAAUUCGCCAGUAAUCCUUGUGUGGUUUAUUGCUUAAUGCCCAGCAUAGCUAAAUUGGGUGUCAUGUGUAAUAUCAACCCACACUGUCUGAUGAUGGCCGCCACUCUCUCCUGCGCCCUUCCCUUCCACAUGAUCACAGGAUCUCCUACAAACGCGAUGGUAGCAGCUUACGUUUACAUACGACCAAGGAAAAUGAUGUAUGCCGGAAUAGGUCCAACAGUAACGGCAAUAUUCGUAAUUUGGUUCACAGUAGUCGUGUGGGCGAAAGCUAUUUGGACUGAUAUCCUUUUGAAACCCGAUUGGGCGAGGCACAAUACUUUUAUGACAAUAAACAAUAAUAUCCAAUGA